AUGAGCUCCACCAAGUCACUGAUUCUUCUCGCUCUCCUCGCCGUUUCCGUGCUCGCCAACCCGAGCCUCCGACUCAAAAGAGCACCGGAACCACAGACAGAAGCCAUCGGUGAGUUCCACAAAGGUACCGUGCAUGCCCUUUCCGAUCCCUCAUCUCGGUGUAACAUUAUGGACCGAUUUAUGGUGUUUCAGAUGGAACGACUGCCGAGUUGGGCCCAGGAGAUGACACUCCAGCCGAGUUCGAAGAGGAAUCUUCCGGACAAGAGCAUCAUGAACACCACGAGCACAACAUCGAGGCCUCCGGAGAGUCCCCAGUCGAGUCGUCCUCUUCUUCUGAUGCUCCAGUGAGCUCCGAAGAGCCAAAUGCCGAAGAGGAGACCACCGAGACGGCAGUUCUUUCCCUGGAUCCCCAGGCCGACGAGAAGCCAGUCGAGGCGGCGACCGUCGAGACCGCAGUCGAGGAGCAGCCAUCGACCCCGGAGACGACUUCCGAGGUGCCGGCCACGUCGACCGAGACCCCGGUCUCCUCGGCCACCUCGUUCGUUUCCUCGCUCUUCGUUCUCGUGUUCGUCUACCUCAUCGCCAUGUAA